CACAUUUUCACCACGGAUCAGUACGUUUUUCCUACCUGGUCCCGAGGCGAAAUAGGAGCAACACUUGGCAAAAGGAAGGGAUUGGACUUUUUCAAGUCUUGGCUUCUAGCUGAGGAUGACGCCCAGAAUGUUCGCGUGCAUCGUUAGUGUCCUAGUGCUGGCAGCCACAACUGUUGCACAGGUAACCACUACCACUGCACAGCCAGCCCACACAACUGCUGCGCCGGUUGCUACUGCAACAACGACAACAACCGGGCAACAAACCACCACCAGUGCACCGGACAUCUGUUUAAAUGCCAGUAGUUCUGCAGCAAACGAAGUGUGGCUGACGACUGGAAGCUUCAAACGCUUCAAUUCCGCCAAUUAUCCCUCCACCUACGGAAGCGGGGACGGCCAGGAAUGGGUAUUUUGCGCUACUAAUCCAACGGACAGGAUAAUGGUCACCUGCAGUGACUUCCAGGUCGGAGGCUUCUUCUUUGAUUGCGUGGAUGACACUCUGACCAUCUCCAACGCUAAUUCAUCGAAAAGCAAAUAUUGCGCCACGAACGGCCCUCAACUCGUCCAGACUACUGAACGAGGAACGAAAGUCACAUUCACAGCUUCGACAUCGAACAUUUACAAGGGUUUUACCUGCACUGCGCAGGCGGUGAGAGAAACCAUCUGCGAGAGCUCCGUCAACCGAGCAAGUUACGAGGUGUGGUUAGCGAAUGGAACCAGUGAGACCUUCACGUCCCCGAAUUAUCCAUCCAAUUACGGCAGAGGAGACAGCAAGAGAUGGAUUUUCUGUGCUAUUGACCCCGACGACCACAUACAGAUCUCCUGUAGUGAAUUUACCGUCGGCGGCUUCUUCUUCGACUGCACGGACGACACCUUAACCAUCUCCAACGCCGAUUCCGAAAGCAAGUUCUGCCUGAAUAAAGGGCCGUUACUGGUGGACACGACUGAACGCGGCACCGAAGUCACUCUGUCAACCACCUCUCCGUAUGGGUAUAAGGGCUUCACUUGCACUGCUACUGCGCUGAGGACACCGUGUCGGGAUCCCAACGACAGAGCAUCAAAUGAGAUAUGGUUAGAAAAUGAUCAAGUUGAACCGUUCUCCUCCUCGGGUUAUCCGUCAUCGAACUAUGGCAGUGACGACAGCAGGGAAUGGAGAUUCUGUGCCGUAGAUAGCAGUGACAAGAUAGAAGUCUCCUGCAGCGCCUUUCACGUCGGAGGGGCUUUCUUUGACUGCUUGGACGACACCUUCACGAUCUCCAACGUUGACUCCACCAGCAAAUUCUGUGGCAUCACAGGACCGACGUCCGUGACGACGAAUGAAAGAGGAACCAGCGUCAAGCUCCGUGUCUACACCGGAGCGAUUUAUGACGGAUUUAGCUGCACCGCCAAGGCCGUCAGAGCCGAAAUUUGCAUGAAUGCAACCAAUCCAGCGAAUAAUGAAGUAUGGCUUGAUGCAGGAAAUAGCAAGGCAUUCACAUCUCAGAAUUACCCUUCCAACUACGGCAGCGGCGCCAGCGCAGAAUGGGUAUUCUGUGCCGUUAACGACACAGACAAGAUUUCGAUAUCUUGCAGCGACUUUCAAGUUGGGGGAAAGUUUAUCUUUUGUCUGGAUGACUUUCUGACUAUCUCCAAUACUAAUUCAGGGCAAGGUCCUUAUUGCGGGACAGACAAGCCUGAUUCCGUGGUGACAUCUCAGCGAGGAACGACUGUCAAGUUGUCUGUCUCUCCCUCUAUUCACUACAAAGGAUUCAACUGCACAGCUACUGCCGUUAAUCAAUAAGCAGGAUAACAUACCUUGCAAAUACACCUGUUGCAACAUCAUAUCCAUCGGUAUUUUAGCAAUCAUAUUCUUACCCAAACAAAGGAAAAGGAAUAUAGACAUGGGAAAAAAGAAGCAUGAUAUCCUCAUGCAUUGUCGAAUUUAAUCAGCACAUCUACUUUUCUGAUGUUGAUUUAACAGGACCCUAGAUCUCGAACAGGGUACAUACACACGUACAUGCAUAAUAUGCGCAUUGGUCUGUUUCCCAAAAUCUAUGUUUGAGAUAGGCAAAAAUUGUUUAAUAAUAUAUUCAUUAAAGG